AUGUCUAAGGAAUUUACUAACACGGAUGUAGCGAGGACCGCAUCGUUCGUAUACUCUACAAGUGUUGGUAAAACUGGAUUAUUUAUACCGGCAGAUUAUAUACCUUUAAAUAAUGGAGAUGAUACUCUAAAUGAACGUUAUGAGGAGGAAAAUGAUAGUACUCAACAAAACGAACCAGAAGAUAUAUUUGAUGCUGUAAACUAUCCAGCAGAUACUAAUUUUAAUGACAUGAUUUCAAAUAUUCCAGAAUCUAAUGAAGGUCAACCUUUAUUAUCAAGAAACAAUGAUCACGCUCCUCAAACGAUAGGUUCAAGUUCUGAUACGAUAGAAGAAACUAAAAGAAGAAACAGAUCUUCAGCUUGUAUUAGUUUGAUAGAUCAGGAACGUGAUCUUCUAGUGGAUAAUAAAUUGAUUCCAUCAGAAGCUGAACAUUAUCCUCCAGGAGCUGCAAGUACUUAUGCAUCGAUUGAAAAUGAAGAGAGAGAAGUAGCAAAUACCUGGAAUUUGGCUAUACAAUCAGGAAAAGAAAUAUCCACAUCUUACAAAAGAGAAUUACAAACUCUAGCAAACAAUGCUACUCCUUUAGUUUUUACAUUCAUUUUACAAUAUUCUCUAUCAAUUGCAUCUAUUUUUUCAGUGUCGCAUUUGGGUACAAGAGAAUUAGGUGGUGUAACUUUAGGUUCGAUGACUGCUAAUAUUACAGGUUUUGCAGCUAUCCAAGGUCUUUGCACUUGCCUCGAUACACUUUGUUCCCAGGCAUAUGGUGCAAAGAAUCAUCAUUUAGUCGGUAUUUUGGUCCAACGUUGUGCUAUAAUUGCGAUAUUUGCUUUUUUACCGCUAAUGUAUAUUUGGUGGUUCUGGGCAGAAAGUUUAUUGUGUUUAAUUAUUCCUGAGAAAGAAUUAUGUAUUUUGGCUGCUAAAUAUUUAAAGGUUGCGUCUUUUGGUGUUCCUGGUUUUAUCAUGUUCGAGUGUGGUAAGAGAUUUUUGCAAUGCCAAGGUAUUUUCCACGCUUCUACAGUAGUUCUUUUUGUCUGUGCCCCUUUAAAUGCAGUCAUGAACUAUGUUUUGGUAUGGAGUCCUACUGUUGGUAUUGGGUAUUUAGGUGCACCUGUUGCGGUGGCAAUAAAUUAUUGGUUAAUGACUCUGGGAUUAAUCUUAUAUACGCUUUUAACAAAUCAUGACAUAAACCCAAUGAAGUGUUGGAGCGGUUUGAUUAAAAGUGAUCAAAUAUUCAAGAACUGGAAACAUAUGUUUGAAUUGGCUCUGCCAGGAAUUAUUAUGGUUGAAGCAGAAUUUUUAGGAUUUGAAAUAUUAACUAUUUUUGCGUCACAUCUAGGUGAAGAAGCCUUGGGAGCACAAUCCAUUGUAUCUACAAUUGCUGCAUUGGCAUACCAAAUGCCUUUUUCAAUUUCGGUGUCUACAAGUACAAGAGUUGCUAAUUUCAUUGGAGCAUCGUUAUACAAAGCUUGUAUCAUUACCUGUAGGGUUUCAUUAUUAUUAUCAUUUGCUUGUUCAUCAUUCAACAUGUUAAUAAUUAUCAAUUUCAAAACUCAAAUAGCUCGAGCAUUUUCAACCGAACCAGAAGUUGUAGAACUAGUGAUUGCAACACUUCCAUUUUUAGCAUUUAUGGAACUAUUCGACGCUUUUAAUGCUUCAACAGCAGGCUGUUUAAGAGGUCAAGGAAGACAAAAAAUAGGAGGCUAUAUCAACUUGUUUGCCUUUUAUUGUAUUGGCAUUCCAUUAUCAUAUAUUUUAGCAUUUCAUACAAGUUUUGGACUUUCAGGUCUAUGGAUUGGUAUUACAUUUGCAUUGAUCACAAUGAGUAUUUUACAAGGGUACUAUGUUUUCCAUGUAAAUUGGGAAAGUUUAAUCCAAUCUGCAAAAUUAAGAAAUUCCGAACAUGUCUCCAACGCAUUAUAA